AUGUCUUCCCUCACACACGGUGGCAGAAUUGUGCCCAUACUUACGGGUCACCAACAACAACCACCAGACUCCACUACCCCGGAGACCGAUGUUCUAGAGACUCGCCUUUUACCGCCUCCCUUUCCCCCCUCUCCGCUGCUGGAUCAGCCGGAUGAAACCGCAGUAAUGCGUCACAAAGGGGCCAUUGACCUGGCGAGUCUCGAAAUGCCCUGUUUAAAGGAACGCGGUCUGUUUGCUCUACCAACGGAAGGAGAUGGAAAUUGCCUCUACUACUCGCUCUCGGACCAAUUGUGGGGAAGCUUCGAUCAUGACAACGAGAUCCGCCAACUUCUGGCAGACCACAUGGAGAGCAACAAGAAGUACUUCAUGCAGUUCGUGGUUGCUGAAGGUGGGGAACGUCGACGUCCCAAACGAGCCACCCAAUCGGCCUACGCUACGCGUUCCGCCGACGUGUCCGUGCCGUCUGAAGAAGACAAGGAGAGACGGUUCGAGGAAAUGGUGACUUCUACCCGGAAGAACGGCGAGUGGGGCAGCUCGGAGCACCUUCAGGCAUUCUGUCAGGUUUACAAGGUGGACAUCAAUGUUUACACCAUGGACGGUGUCCAGGCGUUUCGGGAUGUCAAUGCUACACAAGAAGAGCAUCGGGACGUGACUCACGUCGCCUUCCACGACUUCAAACACUACUCCUCGGUGCGGCCAAUCGAUGGCACCCACAAAGGCCUCUUUACUAUUAGAAAGAGUGUCGAUCGCGUUCCCUUGAGAGAACUCGGCGAGGACUUGAAGGAGCAGGCCUCCUUCGACAACAAAGAUUCCCAUGACUCCAAGAACGCCGACAUUACCUCGGAGACCACCCACUCCUCCAGAACCUCUUCCUCCGACAUUUCUCCCUCCACCACCGCCACAACACCCGAAUCCACCUCAAAAGACACCGGUCUGGCCGUUGAUGUAUUCCAGCCUUGGGAUAUUCAGUCCAUCCAAGAAGGACUUGGAGGUCGAUAUGAUCGUGACACCAUCGUUGACAUGCUCCAGAAAUGCCGUGGCGACAUCGAUCGGGCAUUUGCAGCUCUCCUGGGUGAAAAGUCCGAUGCUGCACCGGAUAAGAAGGUCGUUCCGGGCCCUACCUUCAAUUCGAGUAUCCAGAUGUCCCGAGAAUCAUCCCCUUUCAGCACCGGCAGCAAGCGUUCUGCUGAGGACAGUGAGGACUCUGAUGAGCCUCGACCGGCCAUUCGGCGAGUGCGACCAAAGAGACGCAUUGUCUCCAAUCUCACCCUGGGCGUCGGCAUCUCAUUCAGAGACGACCAGAACGAGCUCGUAUCCCUUAACCUCCGCAUGAAGGCAGAGGCAGAUGCUGAAAAGGCCAAGGCUGAGUCUGGCACCGACGACACGCAAGAAUCAUCCGACCAAUCCGCCUCGGGUGUCAGGAGAGGUCCGCGCCGGAGCGGCAGACUCUCCAAACCACGACCGGUUUAG